CGAAACAGAAAAAGAAAAAGGGAGGUUUGUGAUGAUUUUGAAAUCUUUUCUACUAGGUAAUCCAGUAUCCUUAUGCAUGAAGAUAAUAAAUUCGGUCGUUAUGGUCGGACUCUAUUAUGGAUUUCUGACCACAUUCUCCAUAGGGCCCUCUUAUCUCUUCCUUCUCCGAGCUCGGGUUAUGGAAGAAGGAGAAGAAGGAACCGAGAAGAAGGUAUCAGCAACAACGGGUUUUAUUGCGGGACAGCUCAUGAUGUUCAUAUCGAUCUAUUAUGCGCCUCUGCAUCUAGCAUUGGAUAGACCUCAUACAAUAACUGUCCUAGCUCUACCGUAUCUUUUGUUUCAUUUCUUCCGGAACAAUCACAAACACUUUUUUGAUUAUGGAUCUACUACCAGAAAUUCAAUGCGUAAUCUUAGCAUUCAAUGUGUAUUCCUGAAUAAUCUCAUUUUUCAAUUAUUCAACCAUUUCAUUUUACCAAGUUCAAUGUUAGCCAGAUUAGUCAACAUUUAUAUGUUUCGAUGCAACAACAAGAUGUUAUUUGUAACAAGUAGUUUUGUUGGUUGGUUAAUUGGUCACAUUUUUUUCAUGAAAUGGGUUGAAUUGGUAUUAGUCUGGAUACAGCAAAAGAAUUCUAUUCGAUCGAAUAAGUACCUUGUGUCAGAAUUGAGAAAUUCUAUGGCUCGAAUCUUUAGUAUUCUCUUAUUUAUUACCUGUGUUUACUAUUUAGGCAGAAUACCGUCACCCAUUGUUACUAAAAAAUUCAAAGAAACCUCAGAAACGGAAGAAAGGGGGGAAAGCGAGGAAGAAACAGAUGUAGAAAUAGAAACAACUUUCGAAACGAAGGGGACGAAACAGGAACAAGAGGGAUCCACCGAAGAAGAUCCUUCUCCUUCCCUUUUUUCGGAAGAAAAGGAGGAUCCGGACAAAAUCGAUGAAAGGGAAGAGAUCCGAGUGAAUGGAAAGGAAAAAACAAGGGAUGCAUUCAACUUUCAAGAGACAUUCUAUAAAGAUAGCCAAGUUUAUAAAACUUCUUAUAUGGAUAGGAAAAAAAUUAAAGAGAAUUCGAAGUUAGAAAUAUUUAAAGAAGAACCAUUUUUAUUAUGGUUUGAAAAAAUAAGAAAGGUAUUUAUUAAUUAUUAUUAAAUAGAAAUAGAAUAAGUAAAUAGAAUUAAGAAUUCAUUUUUUUGUUGAAAUAAAUGAAACUUAAAAAAAAUUCAAAUUAAAAAAAUACAAAAAGGAAUAAAUUAAUAAAAAGAUUAAUACAAACAAUAAAUACAAUAAGAGAUAAGAAGAGAUGCGACCGCACCCUACAUAUUUGAUACCUUCUCCAAAAAAGAAACUUGUAAGACCAAAACCAUUCGUAAUUCCAUCAAUUACUCGUCUAUCAAAAAAAUGAAUUAGUUCAGCUAGUCCUCUUAUACCCCGAGUUAAGGAUAUUGUAUAAAAAGCAUCUAUGUAACCACGAUUAUAUGACCAAUCAUAUAUCACAUUUAUUAUUUUGUCUCCUAAAAUUCUAUUAAUACCUCUUUUAGAAAACGAAUUUAGUAAGUUCAAAUUUUGUAAAGAUGAAUAAAUAGGCUUAUAUAAAAAAGACGAUAUAAAUAUUCC